AAAAGUUUGGGACCAAUUGCAGCUUUCAUUUGCAUGGAUCGCUUUCCCGCACGUUAGAAUAGAUAAUAUUUAAAGAGAAUUUGGACACAUGGCUGAUUCGUGAUUGAUUCUCCUUGUUCUCGGGGUAGACGAGGGGGGAGCAGACUGGCUGUAGCUCUUGCUUUUUAAAACGACAUCACCGGUGCUGGAGCUCGCCUGUACAAGCAGAAGGAGUUGUGUCGGUGACAGCGGAUCUCUCGGACACCUAAGCUGGUUCUCCUGCGCGCUGCGUGGUGCGUCUCCAGCCGGCACGUCGUGAGGGCGGGCUCGGCUCAGCGCAGCUAAAAGGUCCCGCUUCGACUGGCUGCUCUCAUUGCAGUCCGGUCUGCCGAGCGGAGCGGACCCGACUGACUGAGCCCCCGUCUCCAUUCAAGGAUUUCUCUCUCUUUUUCUUUUUUUUUUCUACUCCGUACACUUCGUCCUACGAGCACAGGACCGACAUCUAUCGCAGCUCGCCUCGUGUGGACAAUGUUUCUCUUGCAGUACACAGGACUCAACGCUCUGCCCUUUGAUCCAGCAAGCAACAACGACCCUCUCCAGUUCAACAGUUCUAGUGGACCGCUGGUCACUGAGUGUCCUCCUUUGGAAAACACUGCUGAGAACAGCAAGAAGAGGAAGAGAGCCAGCUUGCCUCCAGAAGGCAUCUGUAACAUGACAAUGGACUCCAACUCGAUGACGAUGCCCAUGUCAGACCCCAAUGCCUGGGCAACAGCCAUGAACAACCUGGGGAUGCCUCCCAUAGGAAUGACUGGACAGCCACUGAUGCCAGAUUUUGAUCCCAACCUUGGCAUGAUGGCUGGAAUUACCCCCAUGAACCCGAUGAUGCCCGGCCUCAGUAUGGUGCCUGCACCUCUCUCCCAGGACAUACCAGUCAUCAAGGAGAUCAUCCACUGCAAGAGCUGCACCCUGUUCCCCCCCAACCCCAACCUUCCCCCUCCGGCCACGAGAGAGCGCCCUCCAGGGUGUAAGACGGUGUUUGUCGGUGGUCUGCCGGAGAACGCCACUGAGCAGCUCAUCAUGGAGGUGUUUGGACAGUGUGGCGAUAUCACCGCCAUACGCAAAAGCAAGAAAAACUUCUGCCACAUCAGAUUUGCUGAGGAGUUCACUGUGGACAAGGCUCUCUUCUUGUCAGGUUAUCGUAUCCGUUUGGGCUCCAGCACAGACAAAAAAGACACUGGCCGGCUCCACGUGGACUUCGCCCAGGCCAGAGAUGACCUCUACGAGUGGGAGUGUCGCCAGCGCAUGUUGGCCAGAGAGGAGCGUCACAGGCGCAAGAUGGAGGAGGAUCGCCUCCGGCCACCAUCCCCUCCUCCCAUUGUCCACUACUCUGAGCAUGAGUGCAGCCAGCUGGGAGAUAAGAUCAAAGACGACGGCAAGUUUGCUGAAGCGGUGCGUGUGCUCUUGACCUGGCUGGAACGAGGUGAAGUCAACCGCAGAAAUGCCAACAACUUCUACUCCAUGAUCCAGUCGUCUAAUAGCCACAUCCGCCGGUUGAUGAGUGAGAAGAGUCAGCAUGAGAAAGAGAUGGAAGAGGCCAAAGAAAAGUUCAAGACCGCUCUGGCUGGCAUACUGGCUCAAUUUGAACAGAUUGUGUCUGUAUUCCAAGCUGCUUCCAAACAAAAGGCAUGGGACCAUUUCUCCAAAGCUCAGCGCAAGAACCUGGACAUGUGGCGCAAACAAGCAGAGGAGAUCAGAAACAUGCACAAUGAGCAGCUUAUGGGCAUCAGACGAGAGGAGGAGAUGGAGAUGUCCGAUGAUGAUAUGGAGGAUGCCCCUGACAGCAAGGACUCCGAGGACUCAGGUGUUUCCCAAGCAGAAGCCUUAAAGGAGGAGAACGACUCCCUGCGCUGCCAGCUGGACGCCUACAGGAACGAGGUGGAGCUGCUCAAACAGGAACAAGGCAAGAACCAGCCAAUCAGGAGCGAGGAGGACAACACUCACUCACAGCAGCUCAGCUUCCUACAGCAGGCCUUGCAAGGCAUGCAGAAGCAACUGUUAAAAAUGAGGGAAGAAUUAAAACAGCGGGAGGCCGAGCUGGAGAAGAGUUUGGAGGACAAACAGCAGCUGAAAAACCAAGUCCAGAACCUGAAGGAAGGUCUCCAGAACCUGCAAAACACACAUGUAAUGCAGCUGGAGAUGUCGAAGCAAGAUGACAGAGGCAGCGAGGAGAGCGCUAAUCAGACCAGUGAAGCUGCAGUGUCAACAGUGGUGUCCUGCAGUCAGGAGAAAGAAGGUCCUACAGAGAAGAAUCCACCGAGUCCUGUCCACUCUGAAAGGGAAGCUCUGCUAGUUGGGAUCAUUUCAACAUUCCUGCACGUCCACCCGUUUGGAGCCAGCAUCGAGUACAUCUGUUCCUACCUGCAACGUUUGGACACCAAGAUCAACCCCAGUGAGGUGGAGGCUCUUCUCUCUCGGCUGCCCUGCACUUUCAGACAGGAGCUGACGGGUGUUGGUGCCAGUCUGGAGAAACGCUGGAACUUUUGCGGCUUCCAAGGCAUCAAGAGCACAUAGACUCUGCUGGUGACACUUGUGGGACGUGGAAGAGACGACAGGCGGACAACGCAGCGCAUAGACACUGUAGAGAUGUUAAAGACACCGUACAAAGCCCACAACUAUCAAAGACUGUGGACUGUACCUUACUGUUCAGCGACACAGAGGACUGAGCAGAGAUGUCAGAUCAGGAAGGAAUGUUACAUGAACUUUUCAGGGACUGUGUAGGUGGCAGAGACGUAAAAACGCACGUAAAAACGGUUGCAGGAAUGUUGACAACACGCCCCGGUGAUGAAGACUUCGUGAGCUUAAACUCUCAGUUACUGAGUGUCUAUGAAAUAUUUUUAGACACAAUGACUCCCUGGGAGCAACAGAGGAGCACCAAUUCCUACAGUCACUGGAUUAUUGCGUUGUUUUUGCCCACGGGUGCAGGGCAUUGUACUUUCUGAGCCCACAGUUGGCUCUGUGUGGUGUCGGUGUGUGCCGGGUCUGCAGGGCUAACCAGGGAGGUUAUCAGAGUCUGCCUGAACACUUUAAACCUCCGAACCCUUGGGCCUCCCCCUCUUCUCUUUUUGCUGUUCCUGGUUUGUAACAUAGAUCAAAAAUGGAUAUAUUUCUUCAUUUUCUGUAAAGGCUGUUAACAGUUGCAUAGAAUCAUUUGUUGUAAUACACUGUAAAUGCUUGGAUGAUAUUUUUGAUUAUAAAAAGACAUUUGAGUAUAUGAAA